AUGCUGUCAAUCAAGCGGUUACCACUUGCUUUGGUCGUGGUGUGGUCAAGGUUUUCCUUCACAGCUUUGGCGCAAGACCAAAACGUCCAGUUCAACCAAGUCGUCAACAUCAACGGCGAUAUGCAACUGAACCGCAUCAUCAUGCCUGACCAGUCGAGAAUCGAGACAUUCUCACAAACGCAGCGUCAGGUCAUCGUGAACCAAAAUCCUGCGCCUUUGCCGGCAACCCAUGUCGUCGGCAGCACGGGACAGCCUUUUAUGCAGCUGUCGCCGAAUGCCAUGACUAUCCAAACGAAUCAGGCCACCGAUCUCGUGGGUGGCUCUAUCAUUAUGCCUUUCGAUCGCAACGCCCUCCAGCAGAACCAAAUCACCCCCGAUAACACCUUCGUUGCGAAGCUAUCCCCUGACCGGCAAGCGUGGAUCAUCCUUGAGGGUGACAAGUCUGUGAACGAGGGCGAAUCGAAUGUCCGCAUGACCCGCAUGACCAACAUUGAUGGCGAGUAUGUCGUUGUUGGCCGCCGCACUACCGAGACUGGCGUUUCCCUCACUCAGUUCAGCCAAGACCCAAACCAAGCUGUCCAAAUUCAGGGAUCGGGCAUCCAGGAGGUUGAGUUUCAAGACGGCUUCCGCAUGUCUAUCCGUGCAAGCCAGCCCAUGUCUAUUCAGGUCAACGUUGUCAACGGCGUCAGCUCGGGCAUGAUCAUUAGCGGCACUCAGCCCGUCAUGAACGCCGAACGCCUGAUGCAGACUGCCCAGCAGAUGGGAGCCGGCCCCAAUGAUGCCGUUGCUCUCAGCAUCGAACAGCGCGCUGUUAUACAGAACCCUGGUGGCGCAACUGGUCAGCUGUCGCCUGCCCGUCCCAACAAACGCCAGGAAGCUACUCCAAGUGACCCGGCCGCUACCGACACUGCUGCGUCUUCUGCUGCUCCCACUCAGACACCAGAUGCUCAACAGCCUCCUCCUGCGGAGAGCCAGCCGCCCACUCCCCCCGCUCAGGACCAGCAGCCCCCCCCUGCUCAAGGUCAGCAGCCGCCCCCUCAACAAGAUCAGCAACCUCCUCCUCAGCAGGGCCAGCAGCCCCCUCCCCAACAGGGUCAACAGCCCCCUGCUUCCCCCCCUCCUCCCCCUCCUCCUACUCAAGGCGUUGCUCCUCCUCCGGCUGCCACACUGCUGCUUCUGGAGCCGACGUUCACCCCAAUUGCUAGACAAACACUUCUUGACUCGGAGGGCGGCCGCAUCGCUGUGCCUGUUGACUCUAUCGACGGCGAGUUUGUCCUUGUCAUGCAGCUCGCCGGCCAGGCACAGCCCGGCCAGAUUCCCGGUGGUCAGCUGCCUGGCGGUCAGCUCCCCGGCGGUCAACUGCCCGGUGGUCAGCUCCCCGGCGGCCAACUACCUGGUGGUCAGGUUCCCGGUGGUCAAGUCCCCGGCACCCAACUCCCUGGCGGCCAAGCCCCUACUCAGCCGCAGCCAGCCCAGCCCAGCCAGCCUCCCGCUCAGGGUCAGGGCCCCAUCGGCGGCGUCAUGAGCAUGAUCCCUAUCGGGCAAGAGCAGCAGCCAAGUGCCGCUCCCGCAGCCGUUACGCCCACCCCAGUUCCUAUUCCCGGUUUUCCGGCCCCGGACCCCGCGGCCCCGGCUGCCGCUCCUGCCGCCCCCGCCACCCCUCAACAGCCCGCCAAGCGCCAGCAGCCUCCCCAGGGCGCUAUCGUUAUGAGCAUGAACGAGCUCAAUUCCAUGAUGUUGCGCCAACAAGGCGGCAGUGCUUGGGUUGGUGUUAUGCUCGACAAGUACGUCUCCGAGAUGACCGGUCAGCCCAUGCCCAACCGUCAACCUGCCGAGCCCCGACAAGGCCUACCAGCCGCGCCCCCGGCUCCCCUGCCGGGUACAAACACGCCUCUUGCGCAGAAGACGAGAAUGUCCCGCAACCUGAAGCGGGCUACACGAAGAGUCCCGCUGGUGGUGUAA